CCUCCCUGCUUCCCUCUCCUUCCUCUUUGGGGCGUUUGUGGCUGCAGUUCGGGCUCUCCCGGAACCGAAAGCCGGCCGCGGGCCGUCGGGCGGCGGGGGCCACGUCAGCGGAGCGGCUGGGGGGGGGGGCGCUGCGGGGCCUGGCGGGGGCGCCAUGCGGCGGGGCUGGCUGCUGGCGGGCGCCCUGGCCGGGUACGCGGCGUACUUGGUGCUGGGCGCGCUGCUCGUGUCGCGGCUGGAGCGGCCCCACGAGGCCGGGCUGCGGGCCGAACUGCGGGCGCUGAGGGAGCAGCUGCUGCGGCGCAGCCCGUGCGUGAGCGCGCCGGCCCUGGACGCCUUCGUGGAGCGGGUGCUGGCGGCCGGCCGGCUGGGGCGCGCCGCUCUCGCCAACUCCUCGGGGCCCGCCGACGCCGCCUGGGACUUCGCCUCCGCGCUCUUCUUCGCCAGCACGCUGGUCACCACCGUGGCCAUGGUGUUUGCCCACCUGGAGGAGGCCUGGAGCUUCCUGGACGCCUUCUACUUCUGCUUCAUCUCUCUGUCCACCAUCGGUCUGGGGGACUACGUGCCCGGGGAGGCCCCUGGCCAGCCUCACCGGGCCCUCUACAAGGUGCUGGUCACAGCCUACCUCUUCCUGGGCCUGGUGGCCAUGGUGCUGGUGCUGCAGACCUUCCGCCAUGUGUCCGACCUGCAUGGCCUCACGGACCUCAUCCUGCUGCCCAGCCCGUGUCCCGCCAGCAUCAACAGGGAGCAGGAGGAGGACGACCGGGUGGACAUCCUCAGCCCCCAGCCGGAGCCACACCAGCAGCUGACAGCUGGCUCUCACACCGACUACGCCUCCAUCCCCAGGUUCCAGCCUUGUCGUGAGCUGCCUCCUGGUGGCCCCAUGUGGCGGAGACUCAGAGCCCUGCGUGUGCUGGGGGCACUGCUGGCGGUGCUAUGGGCACCAACGAGGCUGUGGGCGGUGAGGGAUAUCCCGGAUUGUAGCUGGACUGUUCUUCUGAACAAGUUCGAGAAGGUGGGCCUUAAAGGAAGUGACCGCUUCUCGGAACAACUGCCUCUGAACUCAGUGAGCAAAGUAUUCAGCCUGCUGGUGGGCGCACCCAUCGACCCGGAUGAGGUGUAUAUGGGCUUUCCUUACUACCUGAGGAUCUACUAUUACUGUGAUGGACAGGUUUCAAACACUAUGAUCCGCAAGGGCCACCUGACCGGGCUGAAGCCUGUGGUGGUAGUGAAAUUCCAGUCUCCCGUCAACUUCUAUCUCUGGAAGACAGAGCAUGUGGAGAUUCAGAUGGAGGCAGCUCCCUUCCGCAUCACAGAGGCAUGCACAGUGGAGCACCUGUGUGUCAUGAGCUGGUACACACCCAUGCCCAUCAAGAACGGCAGUGUGGUCAUGGACGUGGACAUCAGCAGCAACGGCCUGGGGCCCUUCAUCCCCAGCAAAAGGUUCCAAGUAAACAUCAAUGGCUUCCUGAAGAAGAAGGAAGAUGGAACACUAGGGUUCUCCAUAGGGGACGAGAUCUUUGAUCUGAAACCCCGGUACUUCCUGAAUUCGGCAUCCAGGCCACUGUGGUUCACUGUGGAACAUACACCUGUGCUGAUAUUGGGUGGCAUUCCAGAGGAGAAGGUCAUUCUUGUCAGUGACACCAACUUCAAAGACUACUCUCUUGUGGAGCUGAGCAUUGACAGCUGCUGGGUAGGCUCCUUCUACUGCCCCCAGUCCAACUUCACAGCCACCAUCUACGACACCAUCGCCUUGGAGAGCACUCUCUUCAUUCGGCAGAACCAGCUGGUCUACUAUUUCACAGGCAAUUACAGCACGCUCCUUGAGAAAAACCACAGCAGCGAAAGGUGGGUGAGGGUCCUGGCAGAUGAAUGCAUCAAGAAGCUGUGCCCGGAGUUCUUCCCCAGCAACGGCUCUGAGUACAUCAUGGCCAUCACCACCGGCAAGCAGGAAGGUUAUCUCUACCUAGGCACCAUCACAGAUGGCCGCGUGUCCUUCCAGAUGCUGCCCAAGCAGCGGCCGGUGUGCGUAGUGUUACAAGCUGCCAACUGCUCCAUAAUCUGGUCCUUGUACAUCUCGAGCGAUCGCAAGCUACUGAUGCUGGUGGAGGAACCACAGCCCACCAAGAAGAAGUUCAGCCUGGUCACCUAUGAACUGGACACCGAUGUCCUGUCCAUCUUCUACAUCAUCCCGGAAUUCAUCCCUGACGCUCGGGGCCUGCAGUUCCUGAUGUUCCUGGGGUCAGAGUCCUACACCACCACCCUGAUGGACCCCAAGGGCUUGUUCUACAACCCCUACAACCACCUGCUGUUCAUCUGGGGCAACUUCCUCCUGCAGAGCCACAGCAAUGAAAACUUCAUCUACCUAGCUGACUUCCCCAAGGAACUGACCAUCAAGUACCUGGUCAACUCAUAUCGAGGGGACAUAGCUGUUGUCACUGAGAAUGAGGAGAUCUGGUAUCUUGUGGAGGGCACCUACCGUCUGUAUAAGCUGUUCCCAUCAAGGGGCUGGGAUGUGCUCAUCAGCCUAAAUGCCAUGAAGAUGUCAUCCCUCUACACCCAGAACGAGACCAUGGUCACCCUCUUCUACGAGGACAACAGACUGUAUCAGCUGAUGUUCCUCAUGAACAAGCAACAGCAGAGCAAGCUGGUGAAGCGGGUGGUGCCCGUUGAGAAGCUGCUGAUGUACCAGCAGGUCAACAACCAGCGCACCCUGGUGCAGCAAGCACAGCUAGGGGCCCAGCCAACUCUGAGCUUCCAAAACCUCUGCCCAUUCUCGGUGAUGCGGAUCAGGGACCUGCCCAACCCGCAGAUCUACACGCGCCAGGAGCGCUACCAGGCACUGCCGCCCCGGGUACUAGAGCUCUCCGGCUUCCACAAUGAGAACUCGCUGGCGGUCUACCAAGGCCUCGUCUAUUACCUGCUCUGGCUGCACUCCAGGUACCACAAGCCAUAUGCGGACCCCGUGCACGACUCCACCUGGCGCUGGUGGAAGAACAAGAAACAGGAUCAGCAUUACUACUUCUACCUGGCGAGCAACUGGCGGACUAAGGCUAACGCACACCUGGACAUGUCCAGCUACGAAAAGAUCUACAACCUGAAGCCCAAGUACGAGCUGCCCGAGCGCAUUUUCCUGGACAAGGGCACCAGCUACACCUUCUCACUCUUCCUGACCCAUGCGGGGGAAUUCAUCAAGUCGGAUCUCCAAUUCGGCUACUCCAGCAAGCUGCAGAGCGAGGUGGGCCUGGGUGUGGUGCUGGCCGACCCCAAGUGCAUCGACGUGACGGUGAAGGAGCAGGUCCUUAUUAAUCGCAACUCCGUGUUCUUCUGGAUUACACUCAGUGACAAAAGCGUCUGCUUCGACCAGGGCAUCAGUGGACACCACCUCCUGAAGACAUCCAUGGUGGUCAGGGUGGUGGAUUCGGCUGGCUACUGCUUCCAGGACACCCAACUGGGGCCCCGCAUGCAAGGCAACCUGAUGGUGCCAGUGUUCAUUGGCUGCCCCCCGGGCAAGCGCCUAGCCUUUGACAUCACCUACACUCUCGGGUACAACAGGCUGAUGAACAAGCACUACUACAACUGCGUAAAGGUCGACCCCGAGAUGCCCUGCUUCCUCUUCCGUGAUGUCUUCUACCCCUUCUUCUUGAUCCAAGACUUGGUGACGGGAGAUUCUGGCAGCUUCCAGGGCAGCUACGUGCUCAAGGUGGUGGGUGGCGGGCCUUCUAUGGAGGAGGUGCGGGACUACAGCGAGGAGGAGAUCUUCCGCUUCAACAGCCCACAGGACAAGACCAACAGCCUCAUCUGGACCACAAAGAACACGACCACCGAGGACAUGGCCUUCAACAUCAGAUCCCAUCAGAGCCCAGGCAUCUCGUGGCUGUGUCAGGAGAACUCCCCAUGCCACGACACCAUUCCCAACAGCAUCUUCUCCCCCGAAUUCUACUUCCGGCUGUUGGUGAGCAACAAAGGGGUGGACAAGAGCACAUACUGUGACUACCAGCUCACCUUCGUGCUGCAUGUUCACGGGCUUCCACUCAGUCCCAAGCGGGCCUUCUUCAUCCUCAUGGUGUCAGCCAGUGUGUUCAUCAGCCUGGUGGUCCUCUACAUUAUCGUCUUACUCCUGAUGCCCUUCAUGGUGAUGGGCUGCAGCAAAAUCCGCUGGAAGAUCAACAACCUCAUCGCCUCAGAAUCCUUCUACUCCUCCUAUAUCUCCUCAUCCGGAGAUUUCAUCAGGUCAAAGGCCAGGGGCAAUGUCAACACCAAAAUCAUGCCCAAGAUGUCAGUUCUGAUGAGGGUUUAACUGAAGGAGCCCAUGAAGCAGUAGUUGAAGCAGCCCUGAGUCUCUUUGCCAGUCUCCCUCCCCAACCCCCAGUUCCAGCCAGCCUCAUCUCACACUUAUUGAAGACAUCUUAGAAAUGGAACCAGUCACCUGCCCCCAUGCCUUCCUUUCAUUCUUUCUAUGUGGCUAGAGUUUUCAUUUCUUCAGACUCCUUGAUUCAGGACCAGCAGUGGCUCCUUACAAGGCUGCACAGCUAGUUGGUUGGCAUCACACGGAGUCUAUUCCAGUUUCUCUGUGUGCUUGCUACAGUCCAUCAGGCUCCCCAAGAACCUGGCCCCUGGCUGUGGCCUGCAAUCUGUUCUGAUCAUUCAGUGCCCAGGUUUAGUACCAGCAUGCAAUAUUUCAAAUGAUAUCAAUCUUGUAUCUGGCCUAAAGAGAGGACUUGGGAGAGGGUCAGAUUUUUUACAUCAGUCUCACACUUUAUCUCCUUAUGAGUCUGAAAUGUGUAGUAGCUUACUGUUCAAAGCUUUAAAAAAAAUUUUAAAAAACUAAUAAACAGUUAUUUGAGUUAAAAAAAAAGAUUUUUGUUUUAGUUGCAAGUAGCAAAAACUUCAGUGAUCUACUUGGAAAUAGUUAAUACAAGCUUCAGGUACAUUUUGAUCUAGAAGUCCUCAAUAUUUGUAGGUUUCUUUUCUUUUGUCUUGCUUUUGUAGCUUUAUUUGUUCUAUUGUAAUCUGAAUGUAGGGAGACUAGCCCCAUCAUUGUAUGAGGCCAUACAUACUCCAUCCUCACAGCUACUUUAUAUCCACAGGAAGUGCAGGAUUCCCCCCAAUAAGGAUACCUCCAUUCCCUCUGUAGUUAGGACUUCCAAUUCAACAGCCCACAUCCAUGGGUGAGGGGCCCUGAGGGAGCCAGAGCACCCUGCAGGAAGAGCAUCCAUCCAGCUAGGACUCCUCCACCUGUCCAAUCCACAAAGAGACUCCCAACAAAUCUCCCUGGGGGUUUCCAAACAAAGAACUCCCUAUGGUGGUCUCUUAGAAAAACAGGAAGCUGAGACCCUCACCCCUCCAUCAGAGCCAGAGCCUGCUGGACUUCCUCUCCCAGCUCCUGCCACACUGUGCUGGAGAGAAGCUGUCACCUCGGUGUCCCCAGGAAUAUGGUCCCUACCUGGAGACUCUUGUCCUCCCUGGAUUUCUCAAGAAAGAGAUCUGGGACCCCUCUUAGCUCCUCCAGACCCGUGGUUUUCCUUCUCUACCCCAAAACCAACCUAACUAGACCUGGAACUCCCCCUUCCCCACCAACAAAAAUUCCCCAGGCUCUCUAUGCCCUAGAAUCCUUCCCUAGUACCCCCAGUAUCCACUCAUGAUCUUUUUUUUAAAAUUUAUUUAGUCAUUGCUGGGGCUUUGCCACUUCAGGACAACUCUUCAGAGUGGCUAGAGAGCUAGACUGUCAAGCACAAGGGCUCAAGUUGGAUCUUUGACACUGAAUGUGUCAGAGUGAUGGUUUGUUCUCUCUCUCUCUCUCUCUCUCUCUCUUUUGUUUUUUCCAUUAAUGAGGGAAUCUUAAAAGAGAAAGAUCGGGGGCCUGGGAGGUGGCACAGUGAGUAGGCAGCUAAACUUGGAAGCAUGAGGUCUUCAGUUUGGUCCCCAGCAUCCUAUGUGCCAGAGUAAAACUCUGGCUGUCUCCUCUCUCUACCUUGAGUUAAAUAAAAUCUUAAAAGACAGAGAAGCAGAGAGAGAGAGAAUGGAAGAGGGAGAAGGAGAGCAAGAAGGAGAGAGAUGGAUCACAGCCUCAAAGAUUCCCCCAGUGCCCUAGUAUUCCCAUGUGGUAUACCUACCAGGGCGAAGCAGGCA